AUUCCAUUCUAACUACCCCCCGCCACGUGACUCGCUGCCUGCACAACUCACCUUCACUCGUCACUAUAUAACAACCCUCUUCCCUUCUCUUCAUUUUCACUCUUCUUUUCCCUUCCAACUCGCUCUCUCGACUCACUCAAUUCUGCGACUGGAUCAGUCAGAUCUCUCUGAUUCUUUAACAUGGCGACCGGACAACUAUUCUCUCGUACUACGCAAGCUUUAUUUUACAACUACAAGCAACUUCCCAUUCAGCGGAUGCUUGAUUUUGACUUCCUUUGUGGCAGGGAAACACCAUCUGUUGCUGGAAUAAUUAACCCUGGUUCUGAGGGAUUUCAAAAACUCUUUUUUGGUCAGGAGGAAAUUGCCAUCCCGGUCCAUCCUACCAUUGAAGCAGCUUGUGCUGCACAUCCGACCGCUGAUGUCUUCAUCAAUUUUGCAUCAUUUAGAAGUGCUGCAGCAUCAUCCAUGUCUGCUUUGAAGCAGCCAACAAUUAGAGUUGCUGCUAUUAUUGCUGAAGGAGUACCUGAGUCAGACACUAAGGAAUUGAUUGCAUAUGCUCGGGCAAACAAUAAGGUUGUUAUUGGCCCCGCCACGGUUGGAGGCAUUCAAGCUGGGGCUUUUAAAAUUGGAGAUACAGCUGGAACCAUUGACAAUAUAAUCCACUGCAAGCUCUACAGGCCCGGAUCUGUUGGAUUUGUUUCAAAAUCUGGUGGGAUGUCCAAUGAAUUAUACAACACCAUUGCCCGUGUAACUGAUGGGAUUUAUGAAGGCAUUGCCAUUGGAGGAGAUGUUUUCCCAGGUUCCACCCUUUCUGACCAUGUUUUACGGUUUAACAACAUACCACAGAUUAAAAUGAUAGUUGUACUUGGAGAACUUGGUGGGCGUGAUGAAUAUUCCUUGGUGGAAGCCCUAAAACAAGGGAAAGUGACAAAGCCAGUUGUUGCCUGGGUUAGCGGAACCUGUGCACGACUCUUCAAAUCUGAAGUACAAUUUGGUCAUGCUGGAGCUAAAAGUGGUGGUGAAAUGGAGUCUGCUCAAGCAAAGAAUCAGGCCCUAAAAGACGCUGGAGCUGCUGUUCCUACUUCGUUUGAAGCUUUUGAAGCUGCAAUUAAAGAAACAUUUGACAAAUUGGUUGAAGAAGGGAAGGUCACACCAGUCAAGGAAAUAACUCCUCCACCAAUCCCUGAGGAUCUUAGCACUGCAAUUAAGAGCGGAAAAGUGCGUGCUCCGACUCAUAUUAUUUCAACCAUUUCUGAUGAUAGAGGUGAGGAGCCAUGCUAUGCGGGUGUACCCAUGUCUUCCAUCAUUGAAAAGGGCUAUGGCGUGGGUGAUGUUAUCUCUCUUUUGUGGUUUAAACGCAGCCUUCCUCGUUACUGUACUCAAUUUAUUGAGAUAUGCAUUAUGUUAUGCGCGGACCAUGGUCCUUGUGUCUCGGGUGCUCAUAAUACUAUUGUGACCGCAAGGGCUGGGAAGGACCUAGUUUCUAGUCUUGUAUCAGGUUUGCUUACAAUCGGUCCUCGAUUUGGGGGUGCCAUUGAUGAUGCUGCUCGCUACUUCAAGGAUGCUCAUGACAGGAGUCUUACACCUUACGAGUUUGUCGAAAGUAUGAAGAAGAAGGGAAUUCGUGUGCCAGGAAUAGGGCAUAGGAUCAAGAACAGGGACAACAAAGACAAGAGAGUUGAGCUGUUACAGAAGUUUGCACGAACUCAUUUUCCUUCUGUGAAAUACAUGGAAUAUGCUGUUCAAGUUGAAACCUACACCCUCACGAAGGCAAAUAAUUUAGUUCUUAAUGUAGACGGCGCAAUUGGUUCUCUUUUCUUGGAUCUUCUUGCUGGUAGCGGAAUGUUCACCAAGCAAGAGAUUGAUGAAAUUGUGGAGAUAGGCUAUCUGAAUGGGCUCUUUGUGCUGGCACGUUCCAUUGGUCUUAUCGGGCACACCUUUGACCAAAAGAGAUUGAAGCAACCACUCUACCGUCACCCAUGGGAGGAUGUACUCUACACAAAGUGAGGAUUUUGAACGGCUGGAACAACUUUGCCAUAUUUCAGACUUGCUUGGUGAAAUCAUGCAUGAGAUGGGGUGGAAUGAUAUUUUUUUUAGCUGCUAGACUAGUGUUGUAAGAUGUAUGGUUGAAAAACCAUCUUCAGUUCGUAUGUUGUAUUUAAUUUCCAAAGAAAUAAUCAUUUUUAAAAUUGAUUUUCCUGAUCAAAAUUGUGAUCUCUGUUCUGUUGUGGCUUUAAUAGGAAUUGAUCAUAGUCCAAGACCAACCAUGUAUUCUGUAAUUUUACGAAAUGUUGUAAACCAUAAGCUCGUAUCAUGUAUGUUUCCAUGUUUAAGGGUAACAACAACUUCAAAUUUUCAA